GCAGGUUUGUUUUUAUUCUGCUCGUUUGUCAGUUGGAGAACAGAGAGAAAAUAUCUCUCAGCUCGGGAGAAUGCAGAGUCUGUCAGUGCAGGCGCUAGCCCUGCGGCAGCUGGGCAGAUUGAACUCUCUGCAGCUACUCACGCCGUGUCAUGGCUCAGGUCUUAACAUGUGGUGUCCACGAACCUUACAUGCUCGUCAGGUGUGGGGUUCAGUCGCUCCCCAGACAACCAUGUGGACAAAAUUGUGGGACGGACGACAGAGCUGGCCGCUUUAUCAGACAAGACUCAAGAGCACAAGAAAGAAAGGAAAACAGAGAGCGGUGCAGGAGGAGGAAGAGGAGGAAGAGGAAGAUCCAGAAGCUAGUGAUUAUGAGAAUGAGCUUCAAGAUGACCCAGGCUUACCUAAAGACUACAAAGACCAUGAGAGAACAGUGCAGUCUCUACGCUUUGAUCUAGUUUUGAAGUCUGGACUGGAUAUUGCACGAAAUGGUGUUGAGGAUGCUUUCUAUAGCCACAAACUGCGAUUGAACGGCCAGAGUCUUGCCAAGAAGAGUAAAAUGGUUAAAGUGGGUGACAAACUGGAUCUGAUCAUAAAUGAAGACAAGGAAAUGGACACAGUCUUACUAAAGAGAGUGAUCUUAAAAAAGGUGGUUGGAGAGACGAAAGAUGCAGAAAAGCAAAAGGUCAUGUUAAGAAGCUGGAAACACCUCCAACUUCCCAGAAACGAUGUGUACAAGCAGUGAAGAGAGAUUGUAUGCUCUGUUUCGAAAAGUGACCGAUUAACAAAUAGGACAAAAGUUGCAUUUCUUCAGCUCUUCAAUCGUUUGUUUCAGCAGACUGCAGUUUUCUUAAUUCUGAUAUCCUCAUUUCUUAAUAGAUAUCAUGACUGUUUCAUACUAUUGAAGACAUAGAUUUUCUGCAGUUACUAUUGUAACACAAAUACACCCUGUUGUUUAGAAAUUGAUGUGGUCUUAUAUGCAUUGUUUUCCUCCCCUCAACUAGGAAAAUUCUUUGGCUUUUCUGAUUAGUAGAUGUGAGAAGAAUUUGCAUACACAUAUAUGCACUAUAACAGAGCCCAAAAAUAAAAGAAAUAGCAAGACA